AUUGAGCUAGUAGAGGUAGUGGGUGUCCUACUCUCAUAGGUCCUAGCAAUCCAACACCACUCAAAAAGGUAUGGGUUUUUUUUUUCAAAAAAAAAAAAGGUAGGGGUUUGACGGCCAAAUACACAUAAAUGCGCCCAUAAAUUCCACUCGUUUUCCACUCUCCUUCAACUCCUCCCCCCGCCCGCUUGUGGUUUGUGGAGUGUGAGCGUGAAAGCACUCUCUCCACUUCUUCUUCUUCUCCCUGCUCGUCCUGCUUUUGAUUCACUUUAUCGGUCGCACUCCCCUUAUAAUCACAGUUCUGGUUUGUUUGGCUUGUAGAUCUUUGAUUAAUUUCAGACAUGGUUGCCGAGUUUUGGUCGCGUAGUUUCUGGAAAACAACAAAGGGUGGAAAUGGUUCCAAGAAGCAUUUAAUUGGAGUGUUGGCCUUUGAAGUUUCAAGCUUAAUGGCUAAGAUUGUUCAUCUGUGGAAGUUUCUAAGUGAUAGGCAGGUUGCAAUCAUGAGGGAAGAGAUUAUGAAUUCCCCGGGAAUCAGAAAACUCGUAUCGGAAGACGAUGUCUACAUUGUCAGGUUGAUAUGCAAUGAGAUAAUUGAGAACUUGGGUAAUGUGGCAAUGGCUGUUUCUAGGCUUGCAAAGAACUGCAAGGACCCUGUCUUGAGGAGCUUUGAACAAGCCUUCAACGAUUUGGUCAAAGACGGUUCUGACCCUUUUCAUUGGCAAAUGACAUGCAAGAAGAUGGACAGAAAGGUCAAGAAGAUGGAACAUUUUGUUAUGGCCAGUUCCAUUUUGUACCAAGAAAUGGAAACACUAGCUGGCAUUGCACAGACUUUGGAUAGAAUGAAGUGUAGUAAUGAUAACAAUACGGACCGGCUAGUUUUAAUUGAUCGUGAGAAGAUCAGAUUGGGAUGGAAGCAACGGGAAGUGAAACAUCUCAAAGAGAUAUCUCUUUGGAGUAAGAGUUAUGAUUAUGCUCUUCGCCUUCUAGCAAGAUCGGUUUUCACUGCAUUUCAUAGGGUUGGGCAUGUUUUUGGGAUGAAUCCCAAUCCCGCAGAAGUUAGAGACUCAAAAUCUCUUGAAUCAGAUUACAUUCACCGGAGCCAAUCAGUUUCGCACGCCCAAUCCUCUGUUCAUCCAACUGAAACCAGUCUUUCAAGAUUUUCUUCAGAACCAUUAGAAAACAUUCUCACCAAGUCUGGACCGAUCUCGAAAACAACAAAUAUGAGCACCUUUCAUUCGGGUCCUAUAAGAACACCGGUUUCUGGCUGGCAUAAGGUGGCUAACUUCUAUUCGGGUCCCCUUGGAACAUCACAAGCCAUGUCAGGUCCCAUCUCCAGAGCAAAUAAAACUGCCCUCAAGUGGUGGCAUUCACGUGGCCGUUCAAGAAACUUGAAGGGAAACCCCCCAGCCGCAAGAGCCAAUAAGCCGGCAUAUAUUGGCUGGAGCGGUGCUCCUCUUGAUACGACCAAAGGUACCAGUAUGAAUACAGAUGUAAUCGGCAAUCACAUUGACCUCCACUUGCCGGAUUUCAGUUCAAAAAGAAGUUUGACGAGUGCCCCCCAUGGGACUCUAGGGGCAGCUGCCCUGGCAUUGCACUAUGCAAAUGUUAUCAUUGUGAUUGAGAAACUAGUGGCGUCCCCUCACUUGAUAGGGCACGACGCAAGGGAUGACCUAUACAGUAUGCUGCCAGCCAACAUAAGAGUAGCCCUAAGAGCAAAACUGAGACCGUAUGCCAAGAAACCGAGCUCAACAAUGUGCGACAUGGCUCUUGUCAAAGAGUGGAACGAGGCAUUGGCAGGAAUGCUGGAAUGGCUCGCUCCGCUUGCCCAUAACAUGAUAAGAUGGCAGUCCGAGAGGAGCUUCGAGCGCCAUAGUUUGGUGUCCAAAACUAACAUGCUACUCGUACAAACCCUUCACUUUGCAAAUCAAGAAAAAGUAGAGGCCACAAUUACCGAGCUACUCGUUGGUUUGAACUAUCUAUGGAGAUGUGGUACAGAGGUUAGAACAUUUGAUGACAACUGCAGAGCCUUCUCCCAUAGUGAAUCCAGUUAAUGUAUGUACCAUAUAUCUUUCUUGUGAAAGGACGCUUUUCGCCGGUGGGAAAAAAUGGGAUUUUCUACUUUGAGCAUCCUUGAGACUGUGAGUACUGACUGAGUUUCCACACACAUUGUUUCAAACUGUUUCAUUUUCUUGAUAGAUUAUAUAGAUGUACAGAUUAAGUUGUGAUUGUUCUUGAUCUGUAAGGAUUUUCCUCCACACAGUUAUAUGAAGGGUGAAUUAUGAAAUAGGGUCACCGUGGGUGCACCCAAGCUUCGCAAAGAUGACACAAAUGAUAAUCAUCUGUGUGACACGGAUGAUAACAAAGAUGAUAAUCAUUUGUGCAAAGCUUGAGUAGCAACAGUUGAAUCUCAGAUGCCUGACAUGGGGAAAAAGCCUGACAUGGGGAAAAAGAAGAAAGAUAAAGAAGAAGGGCAUAAUACAGAAUACAGAUGCCUGACAUGG